AUGGGCCUUCUCUCUGGCAAACACAAUCCAACAACGAGCAUCCCAUUGCCUAUCUGCGCAACUAAAGCCGGCGAGGAAGCGAGCAGCACCCAAAUGAACGGACACGAUAUUGAACUCCGAACGAAACAGAAUUCUUCGGAAAGCGUUGGGGAAAACCAAGAUCAGAUCAAUGGACCACUGUUAACCUUGGUAGUGACUCCGGCCUCGGACAAAUGCCCCGAAGAUAGCAAUGAAUGCCACGAAAAGACGACUGUGCUUUGCGGGUCAUCAGGCGUCGAAGAGCCGGAAAAGGCGGAAGAUGCGGAAAAUCCCCACAAAGUGGAAGGCGAUGAAAAACGGGAAACUUGGGGUGGAACUAUAGACUUUUUGCUAUCAAUCAUUGGAUUCGCUGUUGAUCUUGCCAAUGUAUGGCGAUUUCCUUAUCUCUGUUAUCGAAAUGGUGGUGAACAUUUCUUUUAUUCACUUCUCUUUCUUUUGCAUUGGUAUUGUUCUUUCAUAAUUUUAUUCUCUUUCUUUUUUCUUUCUUUCUUUUUUCUUUCUUUUUUAUAUAAGCAUAUAUUUCUCAUAUCUUACUUCACUUUUCUUUUUCAGUAUUUUUCUUUAUUUCUCUGUUUCUUUCUACUUUCCUUUUUAGUGCUCUGCCUGCAUAUCCUUUAUUUUAAAAUAUCUUUCCUUCGUCCGUCCUUCUUUUCAUCAUUUUUCUUCCUCUUUUUCCCUCAGCUAUUUUUUCAACCAUUUUUUUAUAAAUUUAUCACAUGCAUUUUUGUCAGACUUCAUUUUCCUUUAUUCUUUCUCACAUAG